AUGGAUUACUGGAAACUACUUCUUGUUCUUCUUUUUGUUUCCACCUUCUGCUCUGUAGAUGCACAGCAGACUGCUUGCAGAAAAGCCGUGUUGGCAGAUGUUGUCUUUUUAGUGGAUACUUCAACAAGUAUUGGCCAGGAAAACUUUCAGAAGGUGAAGAACUUCAUGUCCACCUUGGUUUCAAGUCUUGAUGUCGGCCUUGAUGCAAUCCAGGUUGGGCUGGCGCAAUACAGUGAUGAGACUUACCAAGAAUUCUUGCUAAAUCAAUAUAUGAAAAGUGAUGUUUUGGAACAGAUUGAGAAUUUGCCAUAUAGGAGUGGAGAAACUUACACAGGGCGAGCUCUGGAUUUUGUCAACAGAGUGUAUUUCAUUGAACCUGCUGGUAGCAGAGCUAAGAGCUAUGUCCCACAGGUAGCCAUUCUGAUCACUGGUGGAGAAUCCAGUGAUGAAGUUGAAUUGCCUGCUAGGAAACUGAGGAACAGAGGCAUCUCUCUCUAUGUUGUUGGAAUUGGUGUCCAGAAUACAACUGAGCUUCAGCAAAUAGCCAGCAAACCUUUUGGUAAAUAUCUGUAUAGCGCUCGUAGUUUUGAUGACCUUCAAGAUGUCUCCACAAGACUUUUGGGAAACUUUUACUUUGCCGUUGAAAGUGAGAUAGAAGGCGAAGGCACUGCACAGCUUGUAGUGGUCAUGACACCCCCUGGAUCCAGAGACAAUACCAUGGAGGCAGCCUGGAUGUUAGAAGAGAUGAGGGUAAAAGUUGUCUCAGCUGGCGUUGGGUGCUUGGAUGAGGAACAAAAGGCAAGAGCCUCCUCUAACAUGACUUCCCAGACCUGUGAAGGGGAGAGCAUUGACCUUUUCCGGCAGAACAUUGUCAGUGAUAUGGAAGCCUCGCUUCAGAAGCUUUAUGACCUUGAUCCAGGUGUGCAAGCAGUGUAUUCCAGUGCAGCUGUGGCAGAUGUGUUUCUUGUGGAUGAAUCCAGCAAAAUUACAUCAAACUUUCAGCUGGUAAGGGCCUUUCUGUUAAAAACUGUUAAUGCCCUAGAUAUUGGUCAGAGUAAUGUUAGAGUUGGGCUAGUGCUGUACAGUAAUGAGGCAAGGCUAGUGCUCACCUUGGACACAUUCAGGGAUAAAUCGGAAAUUCUGAGUUGAUUGAAGAACUUACCAUAUCAAGAGGGGCAAACAUACACUGGAGCAGCCAUAGAAUUCCCAAGGAAGAAGGUUUUUACUCAAGAAGCAGGCAGCAGGGAAAAACAAGGAGUGCAGCAAAUUGCUGUGGUGGUCACUGAUGGCCAGACCUUGGAAAAUGACACUGAACCAGCACGUAAACUAAGACAGAAGUGCGUUACUGUCUAUGCUGUGGACAUCCAGAAUAUCACAGAGAGUAGCAAACUUGAUAAAGUUGCAACUUAGCCCCCCAGGAAACAUGUCACCACCCUGAAGUUUUUCCUACAGCUGUCAAAUAUUGGAUGGAAAAUAAAGAAACAGCUUUGUCACAAUGAGAUUGUGACAAAAAUGUUUGUAGUCCCAUUACACUUGUGAAGUUUGGAAAAAAAAAAACUGCCCUGCUUAGAACCAGGCUUAGGGGUCAGGCUGAGGCAUUGGAGGUCAGGCUUAGGGGUUAGACCUCAUGUAGUGCAUGGAUCAUCUAGUGUAGAUCUGCAGUUCAAAAAUGUGCAGCAGCUCAUGGUAGUUAAUGACUCGGAGUUUGAGGUGGAUAAAGUUCAGUUUGGUGUUUUGGUCUGUAGCUCCAAGCAGGAGAUGCAGUUCUCACUGAAUUCAUACUCCUCUGAGCUUCAGAGUCGAGAAGCAGUAUUCAGCUUGAAGCCUCUGCCAGGCCAGCUCUUCACAGCAAGAGCUUUGGACUUUGCCAGGCAGAGAUUUGAUGUGAACUAGGGUGGACGUGCAUCUUUCCUUCCUGUCUCCAGACUCCUUAUUCUUACUGAUGAACCAACUGUACCAUUGGAUAGAGCCAACCUUCCCAUGGCCAUAAAACUUUUGAAAGGAGUUGGAACCAACUUAACUGCUGUUGGAGUGAACAAAGCAAGCAGAGCUUGAAGAGAUUACUCUGAAGGUCAAGAAAGAUUACUCUCUCAGAGCUGCAAUGCACUGCCAAUAAAAAUGUUAGGGAGCUCUGCUUGUGCAGUGAAAAUGACAGUUUGCAGCAAUCAAGUGGCAGAUCUGGUAUUCCUGAUAGACGGAUCAGAAAGCAUGUCAAAAAGGAACUUUUCUGUCAUGAAGACCUUCAUGAUGGAAGUUGUGGACAGCUUUGUUGUUUCUAGGGACAAAGUACUUGUUGGAGUAGUCCAGUACAGUUGAGAGCCCCAGAAAGAAUCUUCUUUUAAUGAGUUCUAUACUGACAUGAUGAUAAAGGAACAGGUCAACAGCAUCGAGCAAUUGCAGUGCUCUACAUUUACUGGCAGAGGGCUGAGGCUUGUGCAGAGCCUUUUUCAACCUGCCAGUAGAGGCCACGAGAGCCAAGGAGUCUCACAGAACCUUGUAGUGAUUCCAGGUGGGUACUCUGCCGACAGGGUGGAGGAUGCAGCAAUGGCUUUGUCAAGUGAUGGAAUCCAUGUCUUUGCAGUUGACAUAGGGAUUAUAAAUUCCUUUGCUGCUGGUGAUGCAAGGAGAGUGUUCACAGUGGAAAACCUUGAUGCACUGAAAACCAUUGAGAGGAGUAUUGUCAAUCAGGUCUGUGAAUCCAAACAUCUCCCUGGCCAAGAUUGUGACAUAGAUCUUUCCAUAGCAAUUGAUAUUUCAAGGCGCAAGCGGCCACCAUCCACAGUGCUUCUGAAACAGAAAUUGCAAACAUUCCUCCCCAAGCUUUUACUCCAGAUGAAAUCACUGCCAAGUAUCAGCUGUAAUGCUGGCUCUCCAGUCAACAUUAGCUUCAAGUUCCAAGUAUUGGCACAGACCAAACGGUUCAUCUUUGACUCUGAUUUUGAAGACUAUAAUGAAGAGGUCAUCCAGAAGUUCUUAGAUGCACAGACCACUGUGGACACCUACCUGAAUGCAGACUUCUUACAGGCACUUGAGGAGAAGUUCUUUAGUGUGACCUCUGCUAAAGUUAAGGUUCUGUUAGUAUUUUCAGAUGGGCUGGAUGAUUCACUGGAAGAUCUCAGAAAAGCAGCUGACUCACUUCGCUUUAAAGGUCUUGAUGAACUUCUAUUGAUUGGCCUGGACAGUACACAGAACUUGACUGAACUUUGGGAAAUAGAGUUUGGCAGAGGGUUUGGAUACAAUGAACCUCUGAAUGUUGGAUUUGCAGAGAUUGCAAACACCUUGCAGAGAAACCUUGAUACCGUUGCAGAAAGGAAAUGCUGUAAGGUUGUUUGUAAAUGCCUUGGAGAAAAUGGUGAUCAUGGUGGCCAGGGGAGUCCUGGAAGGAAGGGAAGUAUGGGUUACAGAGGAUCUCCUGGCCAUCCUGGUGAGGAAGGUGGGAUUGGGGAGAGAGGCCCAGCUGGUUUCAAUGGGACUCAGGGAGACAGGGGAUGUCCAGGUCCCCAAGGCCAUAAGGGGGCCAGAGGCUAUAGAGGAAGUCAGGGUGAACAUGGUGAGAGUGGAUUUGAUGGCACUGCUGGAGAGCAGGGAGAAUGUGGAUUUCCUGGACCUUCUGGAGAGAAAGGCAACACAGGAAGACGGGGCAGAAAAGGACCCAGAGGAGAACCAGGUGAACGAGGAGAAUCUGGUCUAAGAGGAGAUCAUGGAGAUCCUGGGACUAGCAAUAAUGUUCCUGGUCCUAAGGGUGAAAAGGGAAACCCAGCAUGGCAGGGAGACCCAGGACCACAUGGACUCCAAGGAGAGCAGGGUGGUGCUGGGCCUGAUGGUGCAGCAGGUCGAAGAGGCCCUCCAGGUAUCAAGGGUGAGCAAGGAGAUCUGGGGGAAGCGGGUUACCCAGGAGACUCUGGUCUUCCAGGCCCGCAGGGCCCGAGAGGACUACAAGGGAUCAGAGGACCUCCAGGACCACAAGGCAUGCCAGGCCCUCUGGCUAGUCUCGGGGCCCCAGGUCCACCUGGCUCUGUUGGGAAAUUAGGUGCAAAAGGACCAAAGGGUGAACCUGGUGACCCUGGAGAGAAGGGCCCAGUGGGGCCAGCUGGACAAAGAGGCAUGCCUGGCAUGGAUGGCAGAGAUGCUCAUGGUCCUGAAGGAAGCAAAGGAGCAAAGGGAGAAUCUGGAUUCAUAGGGUAUCCUGGUCCAGAGGGAGAAGAUGGAGACCUGGGCAUUCCAGGAGCUGAAGGACCCAAAGGAGUUAGGGGUAGAAGAGGUAAUGCUGGCACACCAGGUUCCCUGGGAGAUCCAGGGGACCAAGGGCCAUCAGGACCUAUGGGUGCCAAGGGACCAAUGGGCACCAUUUUAAUGGAACCUUGCGAACUUGUGAAUUUUACACGAAAAAACUGCCCUUGCUCAUCAGACACGUGUCCAGUUUAUCCAACUGAAGUGGUGUUUGCAUUCGAUAUGUCUGAAGAUGUUACGCCAGCUGCAUUUGAAAGAAUGAGGAACAUUGUUAUGUUAUUACUGAAGACUAUUAAGAUCAGUGAAGGCAAUUGCCCGACAGGUGCUCGUGUCUCCGUUGUUUCUUUCAAUAUCAAUACACGCUAUCUCAUCCGAUUCUCAGAAUUCCAAAAAAGCAGCUUGCUGCUACAAGCAGUCCAGAGAAUACCACUAGAGAGAUCCACUGGAAAACGUAAUAUUGGGGCAGCCAUGAGAUUUGUUGCAAGAAAUGUCUUCAAACGUGUUCGUCAGGGCAUCCUCACAAGAAAAGUUGCCCUAUUUUUUGCCAAUGGUCCGUCACAGGAUGGUGUUGCCAUCGGCACAGCUGUACUUGAGUUGAGCGCCUUGGAUAUCACUCCAGUGGUUAUUGCCUUCAGUGAAGUACCAAAUGUCAGACGUGCCUUCUCAAUUGAUGAUACUAGAAGAUUUCAAUUAUUUGUUUGGGAAAGACAACAGGAUGAAAGUUUGGAGAGCAUCACGUAUUGUACACUUUGCUUUGAUAAAUGCAAACCAAGUACCAACUGCGAGGUGCCCUCUUCUCCCCCUGUUCUGAUGGAUAUGGAUAUCACUUACAUCAUGGACAGCUCUCGCAGCAUCAGCAGUGAAGAGUUUCAGAGAGCCAAAGACUUUAUAAGCAGCAUGCUAGAUCAAUUUGUUGUUUCCUCACAGCCAAACGAAUCAUAUGGAGGUAUCAGAGUGGCACUGGUGCAGCAGGCCCCCAGGGGCUUCCUGCCUGACAGAAACCAGAGCCCUGUGGCCUUGGAGUUUGAUCUAGUCACAUACAGCAAUAAAGAUUUGAUGAAGAAACAUAUCCAAGAGUCUGUUCACCAGCUGGAAGGGCCGUCAGCCAUUGCUUCUGCCCUACAGUGGACGAUUGAAAAUGUAUUCUUUAAAGCCCCCAGACAAAGAAAACACAGGGUCAUAUUUGCAAUAGUUGGAAGCAAAACAAGCAUGUGGGACAGAGAGAAGCUGAGAGAGAUUUCACUUGGGGCCAAGUGCCAAGGAUUCACUUUGUUCACUCUUGCCCUUGGCAAUGAUGUGAGUGACAAUCAGCUGAUGGAGCUGUCAAGCUCCCCCACAGACCAGCACUUACUGAUGUUGGGCAGGGUUUCAACGUCUGAGAUGGUAUAUGCUCAGAGGUUUAGCCGGGCAUUUCUAAAUCUUCUACAAGAAGAAAUGAACAGUUAUCCUUCACCUGAACUUCAAGAAGAGUGUGAAAACUUAGAUCAGGGAGAUGCAGAACAGCAAGUAUCUAUGAUUGAAAGGAUGCCUUUUCCUGGAACUGAUGAAACUGGUUACGGUCAUGGUUUAGAAGAUAUUGAAAGAACUGAAAGUAGAGUCCAGGAGAGUAUUAAAGAGACCACCAGAGAACCUGUAUACACAAUGCCAGAAAUGAGAUACGAUUAUGAGGAGAAUGAGUAUUUCACAGAGGAAUAUGCUGAAGGAGAAAAGCUGCAAGAGUAUGGAGAAGCUCAGGAGGAGAACGAGGAAAACUUAGAGGCAAUAGCAGAAACUAGAGCUGCCUAUAGUGAUGAUGAUGCAUGUGACCUUGUUCAAGAUAGCGGAGAAUGUCAGAAUUACGUUCUGAAGUGGUACUAUGACAAAGAGCAGAAAAUGUGUGGUCAGUUCUGGUAUGGGGGCUGUGGAGGCAAUAGAAAUAGAUUUGACACACAAGAAGAUUGUGGAUUCUUAUGUAUAGAGUCAUCUUAG